AUGACGGUUGCACUCAGAUUUCAGGCUAUUGCUCAGCGGUCGAGUCCUAGCUUGCCUCGCAAUGCCGUGCGCAUAUCGCCCUGGCGGAGGUUCUCGAGCUCCGCGUCGACAUUGAAUGACACGCUGCCGUUGUCGGGAAUUCGUGUUUUGGACAUGACAAGAGUUCUUGCCGGACCAUAUUGUACUCAGAUCUUGGGUGACUUGGGAGCCGAUGUUAUCAAGGUUGAACACCCCGUGCGCGGUGACGAUACACGUGCCUGGGGCCCGCCAUAUGCGCAGUAUGAGAAUGGUUCAUCCAAGAAAGGCCCUGGCGAAAGUGCAUACUACCUUGCUGUCAACCGCAACAAGAAGUCCCUUGGACUAUCCUUUCAGCACAAGUCAGGCGUCGAGAUCCUGCACAAGCUUGCAAAGGAAUGCGACGUCUUGGUUGAGAAUUACCUCCCCGGUGGACUUAAGAAAUACGGAAUGGACUAUGAGACUUUGAAAGAGAUCAAUCCCAAGUUGAUCUACGCAAGUAUCACUGGCUACGGUCAAACAGGCCCGUAUAGUAACCGCGCUGGAUAUGAUGUCAUGGUGGAAGCAGAGAUGGGGUUAAUGCAUAUUACCGGUGCGCGAGAUGGUGCACCCGUGAAAGUGGGCGUUGCAGUUACAGACCUCACCACUGGACUGUACACCUCGAACGCGAUUAUGGCUGCUUUGAUUGCCCGUGGCCGAACGGGCAGGGGCCAGCAUAUUGACGCCUGUCUGAGCGACUGCCAGGUUGCUACCUUGUCAAACCUGGCCUCCUCUGCGCUGAUCAGCGGCCAGAAGGAUUCUGGACGUUGGGGCACUGCGCACCCGUCCAUUGUGCCAUACCGAAGCUACAAGACCGCUGACGGUGACAUUCUUUUUGGUGGCGGCAACGACCGACUAUUUGGCGUGCUUUCCGAUCGACUCGGAUUCCCUGAAUGGAAAACGGAUGCGCGUUUCGUCACGAAUAGUGAUCGUGUGAAGCACCGUGCCGAUAUCGAUGGGCUGAUCGAGAAUACCACCCAGCAGAAGACGACGCAAGAGUGGCUGGAGAUCUUUGAGGGAAGUGGAAUGCCAUAUGCAGCUGUCAACGAUAUCCAGGGAACCUUGAAUCACGAGCAUGUCAAAGCACGAGGCAUGAUCACGGAGGUCGAGCACCCCGAGUGUGGCCCGAUCAAAUUGGUCAACACUCCUAUCAAGUAUUCUGAGGCGACUCCCGGAGUGCGCACGCCACCGCCUACACUCGGUCAGCACACUGACGAGAUAUUGGGAAGUAUGCUGCAAUACGGAGAGGCGGAUAUUGCCAAGUUGAAAGCAGAGGGUGUGAUUUCAUAG